UUUGUGGGUGGUGCUUAUGUCUUUGGUUUAAAUUUAUUCGUCCAAAUACGAAAUAAAUAUUCAAAUAACAAUCAAUUAAAUAGAUAUUAAAUUUUAACAAGUGUAAGUCUACAAAAAAGCUAUCGUGCAAAAUACAUCCAACUUAAAAUCUGUUGGUGCGAUCAGUGCAUGCUAUGGCGUCGUUUGCGGCGCAAGCGGCUCUCCGAUCACGCUGGAGCUCAUUGAUAGAGUCAACCAGUGUUGAUGUACCAGGGGAAGUCACAGAUGGUGUCCGUUCAGUCGUCGGAUGGCUUAAACAGGCAUCACUAGAGGUGCGUCAAGUGGGUCGUCGUGCGGUAAGCCAGCUGGCCGGCCGAGGGAUGGGCGACGACGUACUCAUCGUGCACUACAACGAUGUCUACAACAUCGAGCAGACUACUAACACAGAACCGGUGGGCGGAGCGCUAAGAUUUAGCACCGCCGUCAAAGCCUUGCAGCAUCUUAACCCUCUUAUAUUGUUUAGUGGAGAUGUUUUCUCGCCUAGUAUGCUCAGUACAUUCACAAAAGGCGAACAGAUGGUGCCCGUUCUUAAUGAAAUAGGAACUCAUUGCGCUGUGUUUGGAAAUCAUGAUUUUGAUUUCGGAUUAGAAGUCCUCUCAGGUUUAGUAGCUCAGUGCAACUUCCCUUGGCUGAUGUCUAACGUGAUCGACAACGAGACAGGUCGUCCCUUGGGGGAUGGCAGGAUAACACACGCGCUGAUGUGCAAUGGUCACAAGAUCGGCUUCAUAGGCCUUGUCGAACAGGAAUGGCUAGACACAUUAGCAACUAUUAACCCGGAAGAAGUGACAUUUAUAGAUUUUCUACAAGCAGGAACUAAACUGGCAUCACAGUUAAAACGAGAGGGUUGUGAAUACGUUAUAGCAUUGACACAUAUGCGUACCCCCAAUGAUAUCAAACUAGCUGAAGGAUGUACUGAGAUUGACCUCAUACUUGGGGGUCAUGAUCAUGUCUAUGAGGUCUUGGAGAUAAAUAAUAAAUACGUAGUCAAAAGUGGUACAGACUUUAGACAGUUCUCUAAGAUCAACCUCACAUUUGGUCCUGAAGGACCACGUGUGGAUAUAGAAGCUGUAGAUGUGACCAGCGCGUACGAAGAGGACCAGGCACUUAAGGCCAAAGUUGAGAAAUACUCUGCAAUGAUAGAAGGUAAAAUGGACGAGAUAUUGGGCAAGUUCUGUGUCCCUCUAGAAGGUAGGUUCUCCUGCGUGCGCCGGCAGGAGAGCAACCUCGGCAACUGGGUGUGCGAUGUGCUGCUCGCAGCCACUGGUGCUGACCUCGUCAUCCUCAACUCUGGCACCUUCAGAUCUGAUCAGGUACAUCCAGCUGGUGACUUUACUUUACGCGACUUGUCCACAAUAAUUCCUAUGAGAGAUCCGUUGGUGGUUGUCGAGGCGAGUGGUGAUACCAUACUCAAGGUUCUAGAGAAUUCCGUCUGCAAAUAUCCCAGCUUAGAAGGAAGGUUUCCACAGGUGGCAGGUAUAUCUUUCGCAUUCGACCCCUCCAAACCCCCGGGUCAGAGGGUCGAGGAGCAGGUGGUGAAGAUAGGUGAUGAAUACCUGCAGCGGCAGCAGAAGUACCGGCUGGCGGUGAAGCAGUACUUACACGCCGGGAAUGAUGGCUUCACCAUGUUGCCCAGCUGCCCUGUUCUGGUGUCAGAGGACAUGUGUCCGGAGGUGGGUAUGGCUGUGCAGAACCACUUCGCUGCCAUCAACAUGCGCACGGGCAAGUCCCGUCCCUCCAAACAUCGACAGUCACUGGUCACACUCAGCAGACGGCAUAGUUUAGUAAAGAUGUUGGAUGGCAGUGAAUUAGAUGGUCCACCUCCGCUGCGGAGAACUUCUUCCGCUGCUGUUGAACCUUCAACACAUCAUCACAGAUUGACUCGUCGUGCUUCGUUAGAUGACUUGGAACAGAACGCUUGCGAACUUGCGCCUAAAAUCGAGAACAGAAUUAUAGUAUUAGAUAAACCUGAGAAACUUCAAUCACUUUUAGCUGAGAGAGCUCGUUGGGAAUCUGAUACGGUAAUAAAAGAAGUUGAUGAUGAAAGUUCACCUUAAAUAUUUAUUAUUCAAAUUUCAACCUAAUCACUAUUGUAAUAGAGUUUAUUUUCACAAGGAUUACUUUAAUUCAUUAUA